UUACAUUUCAUUUCAGAUUAAUUUUUUCAUUGUCAACAAAUACGUAGAUAAGUAUUUAAUUUUGUUAUAAAAUGCCCAAAGUACGAAGAAGCAAAAAACCUCCCCCGGAAGGAUGGGAACUUAUUGAACCAACUUUAGACGAGCUUGAGCAAAAAAUGAGAGAAGCUGAAACAGAAUCUCAUGAAGGUAAAAGAAAAAAUGAAUCGUUGUGGCCCAUCUUUAAAAUUCACCACCAAAAAUCAAGAUAUAUUUUUGAUCUGUUUUAUAGAAGAAAAGCAAUUAGUCGUGAACUCUAUGAAUAUUGUUUAGUGGAAAAUAUUGCUGACAAAAAUUUGAUAGCCAAGUGGAAGAAGCAAGGCUAUGAAAGCCUUUGUUGCUUAAGGUGUAUUCAAACAAGAGAUACUAAUUUUGGAACAAAUUGCAUUUGUCGUGUACCUAAAGCAAAAUUGGAAGAAGGCAGAAUUGUAGAAUGUGUACACUGUGGUUGUAGAGGUUGUUCUGGUUAGAUAUAUAAGAAUUGUGUUCAAUAAAUAAAGCAUGUACUUUAUAUUAUACAAAUUAGGUACUUGGAAAAUAAUUUAGUAGAUAAAUACUACUUUUAAAUAAAAUAUUGGAUAUUAAUUUAUAGUUUUGGUAGGUAAUUAAUUUGUUAUUUUGAUAGGAAAGUAAAUAAAACACAAUUUCAUGUAAAAAUAUACUUUACUUAUUAAUAAAAAAAUAGA